CCUGUCUAUAACCCUGCUUUCUUUCACUCAGUCUGUAGGAGACAUCUGAUAGUUAAAGCAGUUCACACUUAGUACAGUGCACCCAAUCUUCUUAGAACGUGGACAUGGCUCCUUCUCUGGAAACUGCAUUUGCCCGUCGUUGGUGGAUUGCUUGUACUGCAGUGCUGGAAAAUCUUUUCUUCUCAGCAGUCCUUUUUGGAUGGGGCUCCCUUCUCAUCAUGCUGCAACAGGAAGGAUUUUAUUCACACCUAUGCACAGAAUCAAACUCCACCACGGAUAAUUCAACAUCCAACAAUACAGCAGGGGAUGGCAGUGAAUUACCACAGCCAUGGCCAACAUGCAAAGAACAGGAGGAGGUGCUCAAUUUAGGAUUUACAAUUGGUUCCUUUUUACUAAGUGCAACUACUCUACCCUUGGGUAUAUUGAUGGAUCGUUAUGGGCCUCGUCCACUGAGAUUAGUGGGAAGCUUUUGUUUUGCUCUGUCGUGUGCUCUAAUUGCUCUUGCUGGAUAUGAUCAUGCAGUGCUGGCCCCAGUGAUAUUCCUGGCUUUGUCUCUGAAUGGCUUUGGAGGUAUAUGUUUGACCUUUACAUCUUUAACACUACCAAAUAUGUUUGGCGACCUACGUUCCACCAUGAUGUCUCUAAUGAUUGGAUCUUAUGCAUCAUCUGCCAUAACAUUUCCAGUCCUCAAACUUAUAUAUGAGGCAGGGGUCUCCUUUGUGGGAAUUAUGUUAGGCUGGUCUGCUUUAGCUUGCCUGAUUUUUCUCAACUGUCUGAUCAACUGGCCAAAGGAGGCUAUCCCAUCACCCGAAGAAACAGCUUAUAAAAAAAAGGUCACAUUGCGCUCUCUUGCAUUAGACCACAAAGUCACUGGAGAUCAGUUUUAUACCCAUGUGACCGUGGUUGGUCAACGCUUAAGUCGGAAAGGACAUCAUGAAGGUGAUCAUUUGUCUAAUGAAGACUUGCCAGAACAUGUCAAAAACAAUGCACCUUCUCCUACAUUCCUACAAAGUGCUCGCUCCCCCAUCUUCCUAUUCUCACUUAUCACUAUGAUGAUGACACAGCUUCGGAUAAUUUUCUUCAUGGCUUCGAUGAACAAAAUGAUUGAAUACUUGGUGAUUGGACCUGAAGUAAACGUGCCCAAACAACUGAAAGUUGAAGUAGAGCAAACAGUGGGUUUAUAUUCAUCUGUUUUUGGGGUCCUUCAGCUCUUAUGCCUGUUCACCUGUCCUUUCAUUGGCUUUGUCAUGGACUGGAAGAUGAAAGAACAUGAAGAUGAAAUGUCCAAGACUAUUCAGAAAGUUACCAAUGCUACCAGGGCAUUUGUUUUCACAAAUUUCAUCCUCAUCAUCUUUGGAAUUACCUGUUUAAUCAGUAACCUAUCACUGCAAUUCUUCACUUUUAUUCUUCAUACAAUGGUCAGAGGCUUUAUCCACUCGGCAUGUGGGGGAUUGUAUGCUGCAGUCUUUCCAUCAGGCCAUUUUGGCACCCUAACUGGUCUGCAGUCCCUACUCAGUGCUGUGUUCGCUUUGCUGCAAGAGCCUCUGUACAGAGCCAUGCUUGGACCCUUCGGUGGGAAUGGAUUCUGGGUAAAUCUUAGCUUAUUGAUCUUUUCCUUUGCUGGGUUCAUCCUUCCAGGAUAUUUAAUCUUUUACCGAAGCCGGUUACUCCAGGUUCAUUCAGCAAAAGAAAAAGAUCCAGCUGCUGUUCAACUGCAAGAAUCUAACUAUCCCAAUGGGGUGAUAGAAGAAGAGGCCACAGCCUAAACAUACAGUGGAUUCUGCAUAUGCCAAAGAGGGAUGUUACAA